CAGCCCUGACCGCAGCCGCGCCUGCGCGGCGGGGAGCGAGGGUCGGGCGGCCCCGGCUGAAGCGAGGGACGGGCAGCGUCCGUGUCCCGGAGGCGGCGCGGCACCGGGCAGUUAUGGAUGAUGAGUCAGUACCAUUUUUGCUGGACCAAGGAACCACUAAAACAUAUCAAAUACCUAUUAGUCAUCUGGACUAUAAAUUCAUUGAAAAAUGCACAGAUGUUAAGCACCUGGAAAAGAUUCUCAGAGUAUUAAGGUCUGGUGAAGAGGGAUGUUACCCUGAACUUACGUUUGUUUGUGAAAAGCGUAUUGAGCAUUUAGAUCCAAAGAGCAGAGCUCUGAGAACAGAUAAGCCUGCAGCCACAGCUUCUGAUUUCACAGCUGAGGAGUGGGAAACAAUUAAUGAUGAGCUGAUGAGCUGGCUGACAGAAAUGAAUGAAGAUGAUAAGAAAUCACAGUUCCUGAGAACAGACACACCAAGUGAAAAUCAAGAUAAUUUGCCUCCCAUUCGUUGUUCCAGCAGCUGUCUUCCUGCUAAUCAGAACAGGACACUGCAAAACAAACAAAGAAACAAGAAGAACAUUCCACGGGAUUACAGUGAAUGGGAAAAGUUCGAUGUGGAAAAGGAAUGUUCUAAAAUUGAUGAAAGCUGUGAAGAAAGUAACUCAAAAUCAAGAUUCUUCAAUAGACCAAGUCUGCCUAUUAUCAAAAAUACAAUAGACACAACUGGAAUGACAAAGAGAGAGAAAAUCUUUGUUGCUACUCGUGAAAAAGAAAAGGGCAAUGAAGCCUUUGCCAUUGGCGAUUAUAUGGAAGCAGUGACAUAUUACACUCGGAGUAUAUCAGUAAUACCGACUGCGGCUGCAUAUAACAACAAAGCUCAAGCAGAAAUCAAACUUCAGGACUGGGACAGUGCUUUGCAGGAUUGUGAGAAGGUACUAGAUAUGGAACCUGGCAACAUAAAAGCUCUGCUGCGCCGUGCCACUGUACACAGUCAGCUGCAGAAUUAUCAAACAGCCAUAGAGGAUCUGAAUAAAGUAUUGGGUGUUGAACCAGAAAACCCUAUAGCUAAGAAAAAUCUGCUGGAGAUUGAAGAGAAACUGAAAAGUUUAAAGCCUGUAUCUGAGAUUCAAGGCAAAGGAAAAAGAAUACUUAUUCAAGAGAUAGAGGAUUCAGAAUGUGAUGAAGAAAGAGGGGAAAAUACAGAAGAAUGUGAAAGAAGUGGUGGAGAUAAAAGAACCGCUGUGCCAGUGGCGGCGGAGGCGGCGGCCGGGGAGCCCGCGAUGGGCAACGCGCACAGAAAGUUCCGUAGCAAAGGAGGCGGCGGUAAGGCGGAGGGCAGAGAGAAGCAGAAGCAGAAGGAGCCCACUGAGAGCGGAUUAAAAAAAGACACACCAGAGAAGAAGCCAGGAAAGCAUUUGUCAGACCAUGAAGGUGAAGUUAAUGGCUAUUUACACAGCGAUCAGAAGAGUGAAAGCUCUGAAUCUGGGAGCUCCAGAUGGUAUACCGCAGGGUCUCAGUGGGCUAGUGGUGCCAGUCCUACUUCACUUCCUGCUAUUGCAGCAAAACUAAAAACUGAAGGAAACGAGUUAUUUAAGAGUGGACAGUUUGGAGAAGCUGUGCUCAAAUACUCGGAAGCAAUUGAAUAUGUCACUGGUCUAGGAGAACGAAGUCCAGAUGAUUUAAGUAUCUUGUACUCAAACAGAGCAGCAUGUUACCUCAAAGAAGGGAACUGCAGUGACUGCAUUCAGGAUUGUAACAGAGCUCUGGAGCUUCAGCCAUUUUCCCUUAAGCCUCUUCUACGACGGGCAAUGGCCAAUGAGUCAAUGGAGCGGUAUCGACAGGCAUACAUUGAUUAUAAAACAGUCCUACAAAUAGACAGCAGCAUCCAAGCAGCAAAUGAUAGUGCUAAUAGAAUAACGAAGACAUUAAUAGAUCAGGAUGGUCCCAGUUGGAGGGAGAAACUGCCACCAAUUCCAGUUGUUCCAGUUGCUGCUCAGUUACACAGGUGGGAUGGAGGAAACUUCACUUCAGAGAAUAAGCCAGGAAGUACUAUAGACAUCAACAGAGAAGAACAAUUGGAAAUGAAUUGUGAGGAAGCUAUGGAGAAAUUCAAGAGAUUGAAAAAUGAAGGGAAUGAUUUUGUAAAAAUGGGGGAAUAUGACGAAGCUAUAAAUAAAUACAGUGAAUGCAUGAAGUUAAAUGCUGAGGAAUGUACGGUCUACACUAACAGAGCUCUCUGUUACUUGAAACUGUAUAAAUAUGAAGAGGCUAAGCAGGAUUGUGAUCAUGUUCUUCAGAUAGAAGAUUCUAAUAUUAAAGCUUUUUAUAGAAGAGCACUAGCGUACAAAGGAUUACAGAAUUAUCAAGCCAGUGUUGAUGAUUUCAACAAGGUACUUCUGAUAGAUCCAAACGUUCUUGAAGCACAAAAGGAACUAGAGGAGGUAACCCAACUGCUUCACCUUGACAGCAGUGCUGGAGCUGGCAGUCCACAAAAGCAAAGGAAGAAAGUAACCGUACAAGAGGUGACUGGACACGAUGAACAGGAAGAGAGACAGUUUGCUACAUCAGAUGAGGUUGUGACUGAUCACGUUACUUCCAAAGAAGCAGUUCAAAAGAAUGUGCCACUGAAGUCCUCUGAGAAACUGCGAGUUUGUGAACCAUCUAAUGCCUAUGACUUUGGUCAGAUUAUAAAUGCAGUGAAUGCCAAUAAGGAUAAAGCUGCUUGUGCAGAUCUUUUAACAAUUACUGAUCCGAAAAAAUUGCCAGUGCUGUUGAGUAACAAACUUGAAGGAGAAAUCCUUCUGAUAUUUAUCCAGUCAUUGGAACGUUAUGUAGCUGGAAAAGAUCCUGGCCUUGUAUAUCAGCACCUUUUCUACUUGAGCAAAGCAGAAAGAUUUAAGGUGGUGUUGGCCCUUCUUAGCAAAAAUGAAAAAGAAGAAGUGCAGCAACUGUUUGACUUACUUUCAGAAAACCAGAGUGAUCAGUACUCAUUGGAAGAUCUUGAGAGCCUUAAAAAGGUUUAUGAACUUUAAGAAGUUAAAGUUUAUUGUCUGCAUGUGGUUAGUUCAUGUGUAAAAGAUGGAUCUAUGAUCUGCAGACUUGAAUGAGUUCAAGUGGGUCUUUACCUGGAGUGCUGAAAUUUUAUUUUGUUUUGACAGCGUAUGCACAUUUAAAACUUGCUGCUCUUUUUUUCUUGUAGUUGUAUACAUCUCUAGAACUUAAUGCAUGCCUGUGUUCAGUAACAGAGUUCAUUUUAUUUGGCAUACUGAUUUUAUUUAGACUGUAUUAAUUAUAUAUGGAAAAAUAUGUUUUACAUUAUAUAUAUAUAAUGUGGAAUAUCUUGAUGGUGCAACAGAUACAUAUACUUUUAGUCAUCACUUGUUAUAUCAUUUGGUGAGUUCUAAGUUCUUGAGAUAAAGAAGUGAGAUAAAUGGGUCAGUUAGCAGUAGUUUUGCUAAAAUAAGUUUACAAAAAGUAUUAACACUUUUCAGAUAAACUACUACAGGCCACCUGUUUCUUCAGUAUCCCUGGUCUAUACAAAACAGAUUUAAAUAUUUUGGCACAAUACAACUUAGUAGCAAAGGUGAAUAAAUAAUAUAUUAGCUUGUCAUGGAACUCUUUGAAACAAAAUUGUUAAACAUUGGGCAUGUUUUCACAAAUGAAUAAUUUUUAGUGCACAGAGAAUUACUUUUUUUUCUGUGUGUGCUGAAGGACUGCUGGUUUGCCUGGCUUUUUUUUUUUUUGCAGUGACAGUGGUAAACAGAAGAAAACGUGGCUGCACUUCACAAUAGAAAUAUUUAUCUCUGAGUUUUGUAAUUGGAUUAUUUAAAACAUCAGCUGUUUCUGUUUACAGGCAUAUUUAUAAAACUAAAAGUAAAAUAAUUUUGUGGAUCAGUAUGAUUUUUUUUUAUUUCAGGCAGUACUUAUGUUUUAUAUUUGAUUCUGACAAUGCUUCAAAGAUGAAGCUUUUAAAUUUUUCAAAUACCUGAUGCCUUCUUUGUGUUAUAAAUAACGUGUGUUACAAAUGUAUAUCAGACUCACAAGCACCACAGAAAUAUCAUUAAGAAUGUUGUUCUAAUGAAAUUUUUUCUCAGGUGUAUAUUGAUAAAGUUCUUUUCUUGAAAA